UUGCCUCCUCCCCUCCCCGUCCCGGGGGGGGACGUUGCUAUAAACGCGCGGCCUCGUCGCGACUUCCCGUCAACCUCACGUCGAGUGUCGGUGCUCUCAGACCGUCGCAGAGCUUUUCCGCUCGACCUUCUCUCGUCCCGUGCGAGAUUUAAAAACAAAGAGACGGCGCUCUUCAUUUAAAGUCUAUUUUGGUAGCCAGGUUCACGGGCUCAAGUCACGGGCAGCCGUCAUCUGGAUGCCACAUCGCGACGACGCGCGGUAGCCGCCUCUCCUGGGACUUCUGCUGGAGUCGGCACACGCGGCGAGAUCUCGAAGCCCAAGACGAGAUCCAGCCGGAGAUGCGCAGGUCCUCUUGCCGAAGCCCUCGAGAAGUAUGCGCGAGACGUCCAAACCGCGGCGCGGGUCGGCAGUUUGCGCGAGGAGUGCGUGACCCAGAUGAUGUUAUCGUCAUGGAGGAGUCCGGCUGGAAGCGAGGUGGAGGAGAUGGCUCAGCGUUGUGGGGCCGUGCGCCCGAGGGCUUCUGACGCGAAGGAGCGAUGCGGAGCCAGGCCGCUGCUGGGGUUGAGGGAGCGCAGUCGGAGCCCCCUGAAUGUCACGGCGGAGAGCCACCACGCCGCCGGGAGGCCAGACUGGACGCAGGGCCAUGCGACUUCAUCGAAGUGUGGAGCUCACAAGCCCGGCGGGAGCGUCCAGGAGAUGUGCCACCACCACCUGUGCUUGCGCAAGAGGUUUGAGGAGCUUAAGCAGCGCUACGAGCAAGAGAAGCUGCUGUGGCUGAAGGAGAAGGAGGUCCUCUUGCGGGAGGUGGCCGAGAUACACGCCGUGGAGAACCGGCGGCUGCUGCUGGAGCUGAGGCAGCAGCUGGAGGAGCUGCGGCUGGACCUCAGGGGCGCGGAGCAGCGCAGGGGGGAGCUGAGCGGACGCUACCACUCCGACAAGACCGCCUGGGACGCGGAGCGCGCCGAGCUGAGGGGCCGCCUCACGCAGCUGGAGGCGCGCACCGACUCCCCGCUGGCGGACGGGGCCUGCGGCGCCAAGGAGAGCGACGGCCCCGAGCGGCCGCCCUCCCAGCUCGAGCGCGACGAGCAGCGGCGCCUGUUGGCCGACACGCACGGGGCCGCCCUCGACCUGCGGCGCCAGCUGCAGGGCAGCGAGAGGCGCUGGGAGCGCGAGCGGCGCGACCUGGCCGAGCGUCUGGAGCGCGAGCGGCGCGACUGGCAGCUGCAGCUGCGCCGCAUGCAGCGCCGCGUCGAGCAGGCACGACGACCCGCGCCCACUGGCGUCGACAGGCUGCAGAGAGACAUCCGUUUCCGAGACAGCGGCUUCGGCGACAGCUUCUCGCCGAGCCGGCCAGACCCCCCGGCCAGGUCCCCGCUGGAGGACGUCCCAGAAGCGGAGGCGGGCGACGAGUCCACGUCGGGCCGCCCCCCGCGAGGGCGCGAGGUCGCCGCGGGCGCCUCGGGCGCGGCGCCGGGGACGCCGGGCGCCAGGGAGCGAGAGGCCGAGGCGCUGCUCGACGCGCUGGUGUCCGACGUGCUCAGGGACCUGGAGGCGACGGCGCCCGCGGGCGGAGACGACGCCGCGAGGGGGGGCGACGAGGGAGAGGGGGCGAGGAGCUCGUGCCUCAACGAGGCGCUGUGCGAGAUCACGAGGGUGAGCCAGGAGCUGUGCGGCUACCAGGACGAGGUGCGCAGGAUGGCCCGACCACCACGACCCAAAUCUGCGACCGCGACCUUGGAGCAGGGCUCCCCCUUGGUCUCCUGGCAGCCGGCCAGGGCCCAAUCCACUGCAUCGCUGCUCCACUCGCCCAGCGCCAGCAGCAAGCGGCGCCCCAGCGAGACCAACAAACGGCGCAACAACUGGUGCAACUCGCUCGACCUCGACAGCAUCGCCGAGUCGCCCCCCAUGCCGGGAACGGGGGAGCCGCGCCACCUCUGGGUUGGAGCGCCCCCCGUGCCGCCCAGGACGACCUCAUGGCCCCCGUCGCCCGGCGACAACUCCUCCUCCUCGGGUGACCUGGCGACGACGUCCGGCGGCGCCGAGCCAGACGGUCUGUCGGGAAAGUGUGGCCCGGUCCGAGCAAGCGCACCGGCCACAUCCCAGAAUGCCGCGGUGCCGCGGGUGAACGAGCUCGACGGUCCGCGAGUUCGGUGCUCGUGCGACCUGAGCAAGACCCCACAGGCCGAGCUGGAGGCGAGCUUCGGCACGGAGGCCCGGGCGGCCUCGCGGCCGCCGUCCGUUUCCGCCGGCACGGAAGGGCGGCGAGCGGUGAGCGAGACGCGGGUCUCGGCCACGCGCGGCGCCGCUCCGACAGAGUUUGGCAGCGACGCGGCGUUCCGGAGGAUGGUCGCGGAGCACAAGUCGGCUAUUGUCAAUGCGCGGCGCGCCGCGGCGAACCCGACACGUGGCGCAUUCGCCGGCGCGGCCUCGCGUGAGGAGAGCGAUGACGCCGCUGGACCCACUGCCAAAGAGCGUGGCGACAUCACCACGGCGGUGGCGUGGAGCGCGCGCAGAGGCGAGGGCGAGGGUACAUCGUCAGGAGCGGCGUGGCACGGUGGCGUCAGUGGGAGUAGAAACACGUACGUGAAGAUCGUAGACUUCUCCAAGUUCUACCGAAGUGGCGACGGGAAGAAGAGCACCGGAGCGACGGCUUCUCCCAAGGGCAACCGGGGGCAGAGCUUGCCGGAACUCUUCAGCGCCUCCUGUAAGCAGCGGCUCUUGAGCCUCCAGCAGAAGAGCAAGGCCAGGAGCGAGACGAACGCAGAUUCGCACGCGCACCCCCGGAACAGCUUACGCCACGUGGCCGGGGACAUCGCGCUGUUCCAGCGCGGGACCCCGACGAGCGGAGGUGCCGUGUCGUUGCCGGGGCAACUGGAGGGCGGCGUGCGACUCGCGGGUCGCGCGUCCUCGCCGGGAGACAGCGGAAGGGCCGGGCGGGCCACGGCACGGCCGCGGGCGGCAGAGUCCCGUUCCAACUUCGGCGUCAUUCGGAGGAUCCUGGGCGGCGCGCCGGAUGGCGCGGCCUGGGCGUGCGGGGCGGAGGGAGAACCGGGCGGCGAGCGGGAGCCGGCGAAGCCGAUCGCGGUGGGGAAGCAGCCGGGCCCCGCAAACCGGGCGCCCGUCCCCGAUCGCCACGGCGAGCAGCGGUGGCAGCGGUGGCAGCUGGCGGCGCCCGGCACAGCUCAGCCCCUGACAUCCGUGGCGGUCACGCACCCGGCGCCGUCGCUCGAGUCCAACUUCCCCCGGCCGGCACGCCCGUGCCGCCAGCGGCCCCCGUCUCGCUGGGCUCCGCGCCCCGUGUCGGCGCCGCCCGGCGAUCCACAGGCCCCGGCGGUCCCGGCGGCCCCGGCGCCACCGCACCGGAUAGACGACCCUCUGCUCGUCCUGGAGAUCCUCCUGGAGGACAGCAGCCAGGUGUGGCGCUCGCACCGGUGACGAAGCGUUUACGUCCACCGACGGUGAACGAGUGGUGAACGAGUGGUGAACGAGUGGUGAACGAGUGGCCGCGUGGGCGGAAUCGCUCGCUCGCUCGCGCUGUGAGGCGCCCGACGGCGCCGCGUCGGCGUCCUCGCGCUCGGCGCAAGAUUUCCCCAACGCCGCCACGGUCACUCCACGCCGGCAGCGGUGCACAAACGACAAACAACUCAACGUUGUCGUCGGUACAGGACGAAUAUAAUGGGUGACGUUGCGGGAAAUGGCCCUACGUGAUGGCACAUAGCAGACCACACACUUUUCCUGUGAAGGCCAACAGUGUUAUUGACCAACGUGUUGUGAUUGUUUGUGAACCACAAAGUUGCCAUCAUGUGCAGAACACCGAUCCGCAGAUGGAUAAUGCUCUUUUGUAUGAACACUGAUUUGUUACCGAAAU